GGGAAGGUUGAAAAUAUUCUAAAAUUUAUCCGCACAAUCUUAUCUCCUUAGCCGCGUUAUUCGCCAAGACCUGGGACCCGGACGUUGACUCCCCGACCCGGACCCGACUUAACUCACUGACAACAGAGAGUUCCAAUGCUCUCCUUUCUUUCAACGGCUCACACGUCCAUAACUUUCAACAACAGUACCCACCCGGCUGAAAAUCACGAGUCCACGAAACCAAGGAUACAAUUCAAUCACUCCAAUAUAUCUGGGCUCCCAACCACAUCCCACGAAAUCGCCACCCAGACACAGACGACAUGGCACAAGCAGCCGGUUCAUACAACAACCCAUUGAAGAAAUUCAAACUGGUGUUUCUGGGCGAACAGAGUGUCGGGAAGACUUCUCUGAUCACACGAUUCAUGUACGAUUCAUUCGACAACAUGUAUCAGGCCACCAUUGGUAUCGAUUUCCUUUCAAAAACUAUGUACCUUGAGGAUCGGACAGUACGACUACAAUUAUGGGAUACAGCAGGACAGGAGCGGUUCCGGAGUCUGAUCCCAUCAUACAUCAGAGACUCCAGUGUGGCAGUGGUGGUUUACGACAUCUCAAAUGCUAAAUCGUUCCAAAACACACGGAAAUGGGUCGACGACGUGAGAGGCGAACGAGGAAACGACGUGAUUAUUGUGCUGGUAGGGAACAAGACAGAUUUGAACGACAAGCGCGAAGUUACCACUCAGCAGGGCGAGGAAGAGGCUAAGAAGAACAACUUGAUGUUUAUUGAAACGAGUGCAAAGGUCGGUCAUAAUGUUAAGAACUUAUUCAGGAGGAUCGCACAAGCUUUACCAGGCAUGGAUGGCGCAGAAGGUCCUACGGCAGCUGGUAACCAAAUGAUUGAUGUCAACAUCAACCCCACGCCGGCAAACCAAGAAGGGUGUGCCUGCUAAAUCGAUGAAAAGUUGGAGUCGACGGUGAUGCUCGAUGUCUAGACUAUCGCGCGAGGAGAAUGUUGGCUGUCCACCUGUUGGACUACAGGACCAAGCGAGUGGAAGCUGGAAGCAGUGCAGUGGUUAUUUUCACUCUUCUGUUUUAUAGUGAUCGUUUUCAGGGAUAUGAGCAUAGCGUUGUAUGGGUUGGAAGCAUUGUAUGAUACCGAAAGCGUCCUUUGUGGUUGUAAUCUAGUAAUACCGAAACUUUGUUUCUUUCUCUC